AUGCCCAGAUGUGACGAUAAACAUCUUCGUCAUCUUAACGUUGCCGACCAUGUCAGCAUCCCCGGCAGCAGCCAGCUGAUCCAGCAGCGGGUUAAACUAACACCUCCUCCUGCUCCUUCUGCUCCUGCACUAACAGCACCACCGCUCCGGUUGCAGCCUAUCCGCGCCACGGUGCCGUACCACCUUUUGCGUAGAAAUGAGCACAGCCCAACCCGCUCUGCUUCCUGCUCCUUCUCAGUAGCCGGGAGCAACACAGGACCGACCAAGUCCCGGUGCUCCAGUCCCGAACCCGGUGGAAGCGGCUCGGACAGCAGGCUGGUCCCCACGCAGAGACUCUCGCGGCCGGAAGGCACGAGCUCACCACGCGCUCCCUACGCGGCUCUUUCCACAGUUGAAAGGAGAAAAUCCCAGCAGGUGUGGAGCUCAGGGGCUAUUUGGUGGACGUCCUCCCUUUGCACUAUUACUAAGUUGCACCUUACUGGGCAGUGGCCCCGUGACCCCAAUGUGCACUACCCAUCUUGUAUGAAAGAUAAAUCCACACAGACUCCUGGAUGUUGGAGUGAGGAAACAAGAGAGAAGAGGAGCAGCCACCAACGCUCUGCUUCCUGGGGCAACGCCAACCAGCACAAACAGCAGGUUGCAAAGCUCCGGCAGCAGCUCCAGCGCAUUAAACGAGGAGGAGGCCAAAACAAGGACAAGGACCGCUGCAACAGCGUCACCUUCACCUCCUUCACCUCCCUCACCAGCACUAGCAACCACACCUCCACAGCCAGCCUCAUUCAGGGCCAUAUCGCCCACCCCUACCCCUCAUAUUAUAUUAGAUUUGGAAAACAGUUCAUCUAUACAAAGCCUUGGCCAGCAGUUUUCAUGUCGAAAUCAGCCCAGAUGCCGCUGUCCAACAUCACAGUGCCAAAGCCUUCCAUCUCCAGGGUGCCCAGCAGCAUGGAGGGCAUCAACCAUGAGCUGGAGAAGGUCUUCAUCAAAGAUAAUGGAGAAAAGGAGGAGCUCAAGUCCCUGGAGGUCCCUGAUGGGCGACGGGCACCCUUCCCUCCCCAGCAGCGCAGCAGCAGCACCCGCAGCGUGGACACCCAGACUCCCUCAGCCCCCGGCCGCUCCAGCAGCUGCUCCAGCCUGUCGCCCUGCCCCUCCCCUGCCUGCCCACCAGGAUCACACGACGGCAGCCCUUACUCCACAGAGGACCUACUGUAUGACAGAGAUAAAGACAGCGGAAGCAGCUCACCACUGCCCAAGUUUGCCUCCUCACCCAAACCCAACAACAGCUACAUGUUCAAGCGAGAGCCGCCGGAGGGCUGUGAGAAGAUUAAAGCUUUUGAGGAGAUGAGCUCCAGGCAGUCCACAUCGGCGUCAGUCCCCCUCUUCUCCUGCCCCGACAAAAACAAGGUCAACUUCAUCCCGACGGGCUCGGCGUUCUGCCCCGUCAAACUCCCCGGCUCCCUGCACCUCAUCCCGGCCUUGGAGCCCGAGGAGGACGAGGACAACGUGGAGCUGGCCUCUGGCUCAGAGCCCCAGGGGGCCACAUCGCUCUACGGAGCCCCUACUCAGGUCUCCACGAGCACCAGCACAGAAGACGCCCUGGAGGAGCCCGGCUCACCCUCAGAGACUGCAGACCCCCAGACAGACAGCCCGGCCAUUAGCUAGACUUGAGCAGAGCUGGCCUCUGCCUCCGGGAUCCACACUGGCGACCACCGACCAUCACCACUGACUGUCCCACCAACACCUCCCUCUGCUCUGCCAGGGGAGCCUCCGUCUGUCUGUGCUGACCCCCCCACCCCCCUUCUAUCUCUGCAUGACGUAGCAACAAUGUCCCAAAUAACCACCACCGCCACCACAAAGACUCGUUACCUUAAUGUUCUGUCCUGCAUCAUGUCUGAGCUGUUGUUGGCAGGGAAGGACCUGAUGGAGAAGGGUUAUUAUAUGCAGGCAAUCGGAGGGAAGAAUAGAGCACGAUGGAUGGGGGGAGGGGCAUGCAUUUUAAACCGGUAGUAUAUUUCUGAUUAAAUUAUGUGUUGUGUUCUGUUUCAACAUUCACAGUAUGAAUAAGCUCUUUAAACAUAUAUAUACACACAUAUAUCUCUAUGAAAAGAAAGAAAAAUGCUUGUUUUAAAAAAAAAAAAAAACCAAAACUGUGUAUUGCUGUGUUAUAUACCUAACAGGAAAACAGCUGUACUAUUCAGGAUUAUGUUUACACUAUCCAGGUCACAUUGUUAAAUCCUGUCUAAAAAUGCAAUGAAAAAAUCAUUUGGGCAAAGUUCAAAAAAAGAAAGAAAAAGAAAGACAAAUGGCCUCAAAUUGGUUGCACAGUGUCUGCAUCUGGCCUCGCUUCAGGUAUUUCACAAUCGGAGUCUAUACUCAGGUAAUUUGGAAUGUAUGUCCAUACAAAUAUCUGCAGCUUGACAAAGCAGAUUAGAGUCACUGUCAUUUAUUCCAGGUUUUUCUCAUUCCCAGACAAAUCGUUACUUUCUGUUCCAGAGUCCAGUCUGAGACUCGACUCGUGAAAGCUAACUGCAGAGGCUAGAGGGUUGAAGUAGUUGGCCGCCGGUGUGUGUGUGUGUUGAUGAAAGCAUGCUGGGCAGGGACUUGGCAGACACACAGUGGUUGUGUAAUAUCCUACACACAGUGUGUGAUUGGCUCACCUGAGCCUGCUAACAGUGGACCAGAAGUGGACGAGUCUGCAGUACUGUCACAUAAAGCAUUUGGUUCUUUAGAGAUGCAGGUUGGAGGAAUAGUUGUACCAACAUUUUUCUGACAUAUAAUGAUCUUAUUUGAUGAGUUUAACCUCAGUUUUAGCCAAAUAUGUUGUUUUCUUGUGCAAUUUAAUCAAAAGUAGAGCCAAAAGUAGAGCAAUACUGGAUUUCUGAGGCUGGUAUCAACAUUUGUGAAUUAAAAAAAAAGCAGCAACAUAUUAUAAUUGCUGGCCAGGAUUGAUAACAUUGCCAACAGAAGCCAUUGGUCAUACCAGACAGUCUGUAGCAGGCAAAGAGUAUGGAAUUGACUAAAAGUGUGUUUCAAAAGUGACAUGGUCAUACUAAAGGAUGGUACGAGUUGAGCCUCAGCCACCAGAAAGCACCACUCAUUAGGUUUUAACUUCUCAAAAAGUGCAGUUGAAUAGAUGAGAACUAAUGCACAAUUCUUGGCAGUACAUUCAGCCACAAUCCACCCAGCCUAAAUAACAGAAAUAGGUUGUACUAUGUGCAAUGCCCCCACUGCCACACCUGAGUUCAGCUAAUGGGUUCCUCUGAUCUGUUGUAAAAGAUGCACAGCCUGCUCUGCUCGUACACUACAUUUCAUUUCAUUUCAGGUAGAGCAUCACAGAUUAAUUUUUUAGUGUUAGCCCCAUCAUGCAUCAGCAGUGCUCUUAGGAAGACAGAGUUCUGGUAACCAUGACAAAAUAUACACAGGAAUCACUAUUAUGACUAAAAUGUCUGAUAGCAAGAAAAGCAGUUUGAGUAUUUUUUAAAUGUAUUUCAGCACCUUACUAUGGAAACAUUUGUUUUUUAAUUUUUCAAAAGAAUCUGAAGUUCUUAAAUGCUGUCCAAACAAUCAUGUGCAGAGGGAUGACAGGGCUUACUUGUAGUGUGUUGAUCUCACAAUCAUCAACUCUGCUUUUUUUUUUUUUAGCCUCUUUUAGCUAAUUGUUUUGGUUUUAUGCACACAAACUCCUCCAGUUCACUACCUGCCAACCAUCAAAUGGUAUACAGACUAAGUUAUUGUCUAGCUGGCAAAGAGGGUGGAUGAUUUACCAUUUCUCUCAGGUGUUUGUGGAGCUGAAGGGAGAGUAAAUAAUGAACUUAUAUUCAGCAGAUGGACACAAACACGACUAAAUGGAUUCUGAUAUUGCUCCAUGUCUGCUGGAAGGGUAAAAAAGUAAAUGCGGACCCAUAGCUGGAACAACAAUAAUAAAAAACCAUGUUGAUUUCCAGCUUGUUCUGCUUCCCCCAAGUGGCCAAAGGAUCAGUUAAUGUUUGAAACAGACUGCAUGAUAAAAUAAUCAUCAGCAGCACAUUACAAAUGUGAAUUGGCAGGAUUGGUGCUAUAUAAGUAGAACCUUUCAGUCAAUACCAGGAGAGCAUCGAGGAUGGAAACCCAGUCCUGGGCAGCAGUAGAUGUAGCCACAUGGUUUGCACAAGCUAAAAAUGAAUUAUAGCCAUACAAGAUGAGUGUUUGCACAAUUUCUAACUCCAAUCUGCAUAUCUAAAUUUAAGACUGUUCUGAUAAUCCAGAUCAUUUCUAUUCCCUUAAAUGCAUUCCACGAGAUUUUAGCAUUCAAGACAUAAAUAGACUCAUGAUGAUUCAUUCCCAAAAUAUCUCACAGCCUUUUCAUUUGAUUGCUGUAAGAGCCUAGCUACUGUACUAAGAGUUGUUUGGUUGCAGAUACAGUCGCGCCUUCAUGUGUUUGAUGCACAGAUAAAAGGAUCACACUGGCCUGCCUCCCUCUCACUGUCUGUCUGUUAUUACUGAGUGUUGUAGGCACCCUGAUGCUACCACCAAGCAACAAAUCCUGAACAUCUCGUGUAUCCUCCAGGCUGUUGAAUAAGCCUCACCAAGCCCAAGUGUAAAUGAUCCACAGCUUUCAUUUGCAAGAGUGAAACAUAACCCACGUUUAUUUUGAUAUCUGGUGUGCUUGUGGAAUCCUUGCAUUGACGUUCCUUUCAUAUUUUGUAUAUAUUUGGCUUUUAAAGAGGCUCAAUGCAAUGUUGUGGUUUCUUAAGACAUUUCAGCACCUUACCAAGAGCUAUGGCUUUCCCAAUGUCCCACAUAUACUCGGCAUUGGUAAACUAGAUGUGUGCAAUAAUAGGAAAAAAACGUGUUGUCCGUUCUUUGACACAAGUGUCUCAUCUUGCAUUCCUUUGGUUUUGAGCAUGGGGGCUGGAUCAGCAAGUAGUUUGUUGCUAAAGCCAUCAACUGAUACAAAACCAGCACUGAGAGUGACCAGAGCACAUCACUGGCAGGUCAGAGUGUUCAUCAACUCACUACAUGAUACUCCUUGUGUAACCUGCAGUGUCAAAGUUCAUGCACAAUGGCAAUAAAAAAACUAUUGGU